GGCAUGAGGUUUUUUCUCCAGUAUGUGGGCUGUUUUUUUGCUUUUUUCUCUACUGGGUUUUUGAUAGCAUCUACCUGGACAGACUGCUGGAUGGUGAACGCUGAUGAUUCGUUGGAGGUGAGUACAAAAUGCCGUGGCCUGUGGUGGGAAUGUGUCACAAACGUUUUUGAUGGGAUCCAAACUUGCGAUGAGUAUGACUCCAUCUUCGCCGAACACCCUGUGAAGCUGGUGCUGACACGAGCCAUGAUGAUCACAGCAGAUAUCCUGGCAGGAUUUGGAUUUCUUUUUCUUGUCCUGGGACUGGACUGUGUGAAAUUCCUUCCUGAUGAGCCGCUCAUCAAGCUCCGCAUCUGCCUGGUGUCUGGAGUUAUGUUGCUCAUUGCAGGUUUCCCAGGCAUUACUGGCUCGGUGUGGUACGCUGUGGAUGUCUAUGUGGAGCGCUCCUCUCUGGUCUUCCACAACGUGUUUCUGGGCAUCCAGUACAAGUUUGGCUGGUCGUGCUGGCUUGGCAUGGCAGGGUCACUUGGCUGCUUCUUAUCUGGGGCCCUGCUCACCUGCUGCAUGUAUCUCUUCAGAGAGACCAGCUCUGGAAGACUCCAUUCUGCUUACUCCUUCAGGAAAGGCUAUUCCUCAGCUAGGACAAUUGUAACAAAUGUGCAUUUGCCACCCUCUCAAACACCUACUGCCAAAAUGUAUGCAGUGGACACAAGAGUGUAA